AUAAAUCUUGUGAACUUGAGUGGCCCACAUGUUACAAGAUUAUUAAAGGUACUAGUGAGGGACUAAAUCACCUUCACAACUCCCAGGGAAAACAUAUUUACCAUCUAGACUUAAAGCCUGGAAAUAUUUUGUUGGAUGAAAGUAUGACGCCCAAAAUUGGGGAUCUUGGUUUGUCAAGACUCGUUGCUUCAACAAAAACGCGACAAACAGAGAUGCGCGAUGGAACACUCGGGUUCGUGCCACCGGAGUACAUAAAAGAUGGCUUUAUAUCAAAGAAGUUUGACGUGUUCAGUUUGGGCGUCAUAAUUAUAAAAAUAUUGGCUGGGGCUAAGAACUACAUCCGUUGCACUGAAAUGCCCCCCGAAAAGUUUAUUCAGCUUGUCAGUGAAAACUGGACGAAAAAGUUGCAGGAAAAGACGGGACAUUCCUCACACGAAAUAGACAUCCUAGGAGUGACUUCCUGUGUUGGGAUUGCACUAAGGUGUGUGGACGAGGACAGAAACAAAAGGCCAUGUAUCAAGGACAUCGUCGAUGAACUGGAUCAACUAGAAGCUAAGCUUAAAGCAAUGUCACUAGCUUCUGAUGUGUCAAAAGACCUCACUGUCCAGAGAAGCUGUGACACCAACAUUCUGUCGGUGGAUCCGACCAUGGAGCUGCGGUUCCUCUUUGAGCUAAGGAAGGAGGCGUCGUGCUGCCUGCAGCUGACCAACAAGACGGGUGGCUUCAUCGCAUUCAACAUAGAGAUCAACCCCAACAAGUACAGUGUGCGGCCAAGCCAAGGGACCAUGCCGCCGUGCUCCAGGCGUUAUGUUGUCGUGACGCUGUCGGCGCAAGAGGCGGCGCCGCCAUGCAUGCGAUGCGAGGACAUGCUCCUCGUGCAGAGCAUCGGCGUCAGCCAAGAUCUUGGUGAGAUCAAGUAUCAAGAAUUGUUCGAGACGGCCAUGGCGAAUCAGGUGGUUGAUGUGGUGAAGCUGCCGAUCGCUUAUGUCACAUUGGACCAGUAGUAUUAUCCACCAAGAACCGGGGAUGGCUCUGGUGGCAAAGCGACGUGUUGGUAAAUUCAGAUAAAUGUUGAGUUGUUGUUUGGGAAAAGGUGUUGUUUUGAGGUCUGUUUAAUUGUAUCUUCUUCGAUUAAGUUGACUUUGAUUAGCUACUACAAACAUUGUAGUCUCCAGCUGCUUUUUUUUUUAUAUUGAGGGGAUGUAGUCUCCAGCUGCUAGUUACAGUAUCUGCGGAGCUACAGGGUGUGAGGUAACAUGAACGUCCCCGCAUCCGCAUCUGCAAGCCCUGGUUGGUUUUUGUGUAACAUAUUGCACAUGUAUUUUCUUCUUUUUAUCAGUUCCAUACGUCUGUUUUGUCAAAAUGUACUACACUCUAAACUAUAAACACAUGUUCCUCAGUUUUCUUCUUCC